AUGUCCUUCGAGUCAUCAACAGGCCCGGAAAUGUCGGCAACCACCAAGCAGAUGCUAGUCCGUGUGCGGCAAAUGGUGCCGCCAUUGCUGGAGAAAUUCCAUAAAGGCAUGUCAUGUCUAGAUUGCGACAUCUGGUGGUCCAGCUCUGGGGAGACGAGCUUGUCUCCGCCACCGUGGCUAUGGGGACAACUCGGCCGUAUAGCUGUCAUCGGUGGCAGCGAGGACUACACAGGUGCACCCUACUUCUCGGCCAUGGCGAGCGCAAGACUGGGCUCUGAUCUCUCCCACGCCGACAGCUCAUCCUCGCUCACAAAAUCUGCUCCGGACACCGACCCUGCCCAAGUAGCGGCCCAGAUCAUCCCCAUGCUCGACCGACUGCACGUGCUCGUCAUCGGCCCCGGUCUCGGCCGCGAUCCCAUCAUGCAAGAGACCUGCGCCAAGGUGAUCGCCGCGGCGCGCGAGAAGGGAAUCCCCAUGGUUCUCGACGCCGACGCCCUGUUGCUGGUGGCCAAGGAUCCAUCCCUCAUCAAGGGGUACAACAACGCCGUCGUGACGCCGAACGUGGUCGAGUUCGCCCGGCUGACCAAGGCGCUCGGCGUGGACGAACAGGGCGGCUUGAAGAGGAGUGGUGGUCAGGGAGACACGUUGACGGGAAGUAUUGCCACGUUCUUGGGCUGGAGGGCGGCGUACCUUGAUGAUCUCUGGGAUCAUGGUAAUCCGCUUAAGAAGGAAGAGUUGAUGGGUUUGGCUGUCUUUGGUGGAGCUGCCAUUACGAGGGAAUGCUCUCGUCUGGCGUUUGCCAAGAAGGGCCGCAGUCUUCAAGCAAGCGAUCUCACAGACGAAGUACACACGGCAUUUUUGAACUUAUUUGGCGAGGUGGAUGCGAAGCUCUAG